ACAGCGCAGAACUGCAAGUGGAAAGUCAAAUACAUCUUUGCGCUUCUGGCUUUUUGCACAAAAUGAGAGGAAAUGCGAGUUUUUGCCUAUAUGAUCACAGCAGACACGAGUUUAGACCCUGAUCGUGUGUGUGACUGACACGACUCUGAUACUGAAGCUGCACAUGUGAGAAUUAUCAGUUAAUUGGGCCAUUCAGGAACUGUGACGAAAUCAUUAAAAAAGGAGGAAGACGAAGAAGUGAUGGAGGACCCGCUACGAAAUUAACCCAGAACUUACAAAAGAUGACGUUGAUUUUAAAUAAGGGCGCUAAGAGCACGUUUUAAAUGACUUACAACAUUUAACUGGGAUUUUUUUUUAUUUAUUUAUUUUGCUUUACCAUGCGUAACAGAUGGAUACGCCGGAGGUUGCUUUUCUUAAUUUUCACCUUCUUCAUCAUACUCUACGUGGAUUUUCAGCUUCGAACCAGCAGCCUUCCCAAAGUUAUAGUUUGUUACCAGGUAUCACCAGCGAUCCACCACCGGAUCACCCAGCAGGCUGCCUUCCUGGUCAAGGACGCGCAGAACCCGGCGAAAAGUACCAGAAGCAGCGGCGAAACAGCAUUGGCCGACGGAGGUCGCUCGGUGCCCGAGGACGCACAUGUCAGCCAGCCCGAACUGAAGGUGGAGGACAUCUACAUAGCUGUGAAAACCACCGGGAGGUUCCACAAGACGCGCCUCGCGCUUCUUUUGGAGACCUGGAUCUCCAGAACCAAAGCGCACACGUUCAUUUUCACAGACACAGAGGAUGUGGACCUAACUUCAGAAGGUUAUAACAUGGUGGUAACAGACUGCCAGUCCGAUCACAGUCAGCAGGCUCUGUCCUGCAAGAUGUCUGCAGAGUACGACGGUUUCAUGGCCUCAAACAAGAGGUGGUUUUGUCAUGUGGACGAUGAUAACUAUGUCAACCCAGAAGCUCUCCUCUCCCUGCUGUCAGCCUUCCCCCAGGAAGGUGACAUCUACGUGGGCAAGCCGAGCCUGGACAAGCCCAUCACUGCUCAUGAACUGCUGGAGGGCAACGCAACGAGGGAGGUGCGGUUCUGGUUUGCAACAGGUGGAGCAGGCUUCUGCCUGAGCCGAAGACUGGCAGAGAAGAUGGCUCCGUGGGCCAGUGGCUCCCAGUUCGUGAGAACCUCAGCUAAGAUCCGUCUUCCUGAUGACUGCACCGUGGGCUUUAUUGUGGAGAAGCGACUGGGAAUCUCCAUGGUCCACUGUCCUUUAUUCCACUCACACCUGGAAAACCUGCUGCUCAUCAGCCAGAGAAGCAUACCACAGCAGGUGACACUGAGCUAUGGGAUAUUCGAGAAUAAGAUGAACAGCAUCGAGGUAAAAGGGAGCUUCUCGAAGGAGGACGAUCCCUCCAGGUUUAAGACUGUCCACUGCAUCCUGUAUCCCCUCACCAGCUGGUGUCCAUGAGUACCCCCUAAAGACGACAACAUCCAAACACCUGAGACAAAGCUGGUAUCCAGGUGGAUGUAGUAUUUUACCUUUACCUGCAGAAAAAUGGACCGAUUCAUUUUGAUGGAGCAAUUCUGGAAGCAGAAGGAAUAACGGUGAAUCGGACUUAGCUGUGUUCCACAACGGCUCGCCUUCCAGUGAUCAACACAGACUGUAAAAGAGGGAUCUAGACAUCAUCUGUUUUUGGACUCCCAUUCCAAAGCCAUGAUUUAAUGUUUGGCCAUUGCUGUGUUCGUCUUUUAUAGUCAGAAGAGAAGAGGGUGAAACUCAGAAAUUAGACGCUAAUGUAGCAAGCUUAGUUAGCAAGGCUGGUCCACUGAGUCUAUAGCUGAGCUGCAUAGACACGGAUACUGGUUAUCUAGUGUUAAGUAACAUACAGAUGAAAUACUAAAUUUUCCCUCAGCAAAAAUGUCCUGGAUUUAUUGAACCACAAAGCAUCUUAUAUGUAAGGUAACUGCAAUUAAAAUGCUACAAGAGGCACUAUUGCCACAAAUACAGGUGAAGGGUCAUCGAAUCAAAUUAGCUGAUGUGAAGUCUUGGAGACAGCUAGUUGCAUAGCUGUCAGUUAUUAAUGAGUGGAUGCUCCUGAUAGGACAAAUGUUAAGCCUUAAAAAAUUUAAAAUGAUGCGCUAGAUAAAAAUUCCACUGCAAAGCAGUUGUUAUACAUGGGAAAAGUAACUCUAGGCACAAAAACUUUCCUUGUUCAAGGCUGUAAACCUGUUUAUUUGUGGUAUUUUAACAUGCACGAUUUAUGGGGACGGUAUUUUUUCGAGCCAGUUUUUCAGCUUCUUUUUGCACAGCGCAGUGGUUUCAUUUUCAGAUGUCAUCUGGUGUCAGCACCAGCUGUUAUGCACUCAAAACUUUGGCUUUAGAAAAAUGUAUGAAAUACAAAAUGUAUUUUUCUACUUUAAAUCUGUGUAAAAUGUUCAAAUGAAAUUGUUACAUGAAAUGAAAUGAAUUUUCUGUGACAAAUGAGCACUUAAGAUGAUUUUGGCUGUUGUGUGUGCUGAGAUCUUUUGCUGGCAAGUGGGAAAAAUUAAAAUGUUUUAGACUCACUGUG